CGGUGUAUGUUACCAUGGCAGCAGCACAGGUAGAACAGCAGCAUCCGCUAGCGAACGACACGAAGGUCGUGAAGGCGAAACCCGUCCGCAAGGUGUUUAAGGGCGCAUCGCGCGUUAUCAACAAAAUACCCGCCAGCUUGCUAAACGAUCCAGCACUGAACGAGGCGAUCGCGGCCCUACCCGCCAACUACAACUUCGAGGUGCACAAAACGGUAUGGCGUGUGCGGGAAACGAAAGCGAAACGUGUCGCACUCCAGAUGCCGGAAGGAUUGCUAAUGUUUUCGCUCGUCCUGAGCGACAUCAUCGAACGCUUUACCGAGGCGGACACCGUUAUUAUGGGUGACGUUACGUACGGUGCCUGCUGUGUGGAUGAUUUCACUGCAAAAGCGCUCGGGGCGGAUCUGCUCGUGCACUACGGACACAGCUGCCUGAUUCCGAUCGAUCAGACCACGGGCAUCAAGGUGCUGUACGUGUUUGUGGACAUUAAAAUUGACAUGCUGCACUUUGUCGAGAGCGUAAAGCUCAACUUUCCCCGCGAGCGUAAGCUAGCCUUCGUCAGUACGAUACAGUUUGUGGCCACACUGCACGCUGCAGCGAAGGAGCUACGCGAGGACGGGUAUGACGUACUGAUACCGCAAUCGAAACCACUCAGUCCGGGUGAAAUAUUGGGCUGUACGGCACCACGGAUGGGGGACAGUGUCCGCACGCUGAUCUAUCUCGGCGAUGGGCGGUUCCAUCUCGAGGCAGCGAUGAUUGCUAACCCGGCCCUGGAAGCGUACAAGUACGAUCCGUACGAGAAAAAGUUUACCCGUGAGCUGUACGACCACGAAACGAUGCGCCAGAAUCGGAAGCAAGCGAUCGAUGAUGCACGCGCUGCACGCCGGUUCGGGCUGAUAUUGGGGACGCUUGGGCGCCAGGGUUCGACGAAGGUGCUGGAGCAUCUCGAGGGACGGUUGAAACACCACGGUCGGGAAGCGGUGAUCAUACUACUAUCGGAGAUUUUCCCUUCCAAGCUGGCCCGUAUGGAGCACAUCGAUGCGUUUGUACAGGUUGCCUGUCCGCGGCUUUCCAUCGACUGGGGUUCGGCGUUCACGAAACCGCUGCUUACUCCGUACGAGCUUUCCGUAGUGCUCGGUGAUGCCGAAUGGAACGUACCGGAGUGUACUGCGGCAACCGAACAGAAGCCCAAACCCGCACCCAACCUGGAGGUUGCCUAUCCGAUGGAUUUUUACGCCAAUGCCAGCCUUGGCCAGUGGACGCCCAACUUUAAGAAGCUCGAUAUCUGUGAAAAUUCCACCGGUGGGUGCUGCGGUCGCUGUAAGGAGGAAAAGGAUAAGGAGGUGAAACACAAAGAAGGAACAGAGGAUUCGCCGGUUCAGAUUGUGGUGGAACAAGAGGAAUAA